AGAUCUAUUCAGAAAUAUUACAAAGAACUUGCAAUUUUUUCAUCAAACUAAAGCAAUACACCAGAGUGCAAAAACAUAUUCAGAAACUAUGAGUGGAAACGCUGAUUACAAGUCUGCCAAAUCAGUUUAUGAUUUUAUAGUUAAAAAUAUUAAAGGAGAAGAUGUUCCAAUGGAGAAAUACAAAGGUCACGUCUUACUAAUUGUAAAUGUUGCUUCAAAAUGCGGUCUUACUGCAGAUAAUUAUAAGGAACUUAAUGAACUUCAUGACCAAUAUGCAGAAUCCAAGGGUUUGAAAAUUUUGGCAUUUCCUUGUAAUCAGUUUAAUGGCCAAGAACCUGGCGAUGCUGAAGAAAUUUGUAGUUUUGCUAAUCGACAAAAAGUAAAAUUUGAUCUUUUUGAAAAAAUCGACGUCAACGGCGACAAUGCGGACCCCCUCUGGAAAUAUCUUAAGAGGGAGCAAGGAGGUACACUUCUUGACUUCAUCAAAUGGAAUUUCACCAAAUUUAUCGUCAAUAAAGAGGGGAAAGUGGUUGAACGACAUGGACCCAAUGUUAAUCCCAGUAAACUUAUUAGUAACCUCGAAAAGUAUUUUUAAAAUGCACUCUCACAAUUUGAUAUAUAUUUUAAGAGUCUAGUACACAUUAAUUUUUUAAGAAU